AUGUUACCUGUGUUUGCCGUCACCGAUCACCAAAAGUUCCCUUUAGGAUGCAUACACUACGGCAGAGUCUCCACGGUCUGGAACUGCACCUUUAACAGCACGUUCUCACGGGGAAUAGUUGGGCAAACCGUUGGGAGGCCCGAAGUACACUGGGACGACGAAUCAGACCUGAAGCUGGAUUCGAGAUGGGUGAAACCAAACAGGGUCGACAACAUUUGGGCUUCCUUCGGGACCGGUGGUGGGUCUGCGGUCAUGAUGCAGGUCUUUACCGUGACCAAGGGGACGAGACGCCAUACUUUUGUUGAGAGUGUAUUUCGCGCCACCAUGGCAACAAGUCCGGCUGUUCCAUUCGCUACCCAGGACGUUGAAGAUUUAGUACGACGGACCUGGAGCACGAACGAGACUGACAGGAACAACCCGCUCAUUGGCCAGAUUGUGGAAGGGAUAAUGAGCGCGCAAGAUCAAAACCUUAGCUACCAUUUCGGAGUUGACGCGGCCGAGAACGGGAACCUCACGGUGUUUCAGUCUAGUUGGGGGUACUUCACUCUCACAAACAGCAAUACUGGGAAAGCCGAAUAUUCCCUCGUUAGCGCCUCUGGGACCAACAUCACGCUAAUAAGAUCCGAAACCAUCGACAAACCACCGACACCAUUUGAGAAAUGCGACCAUGGAUCAUUCCAGAACGAGGCGUUCGGUGGAAGGAUCACCCAGACUGAUUGCGCCUCUGCUAAACUCGAUUACGACAGAAACGUGUUCUAUGGCCAGGUAGACACUGCUGCUGUUUUGAUUCUAUACGGGCUUGGCAAGGUCCGUUCCAACUUCAGCUCAGAUGCCCUCGAUAACAACGCCCUAUCUUGGACUCGGAACAUGUGGGCCACGAUGCAAGGGCUGCUUGUCGCAAGGGGCUAUAUAGUUAGCGUCGAUCCAGCCCUUGUCACAAUCAGUGUUAAUAAGUUGAUUGUUGCCAUGUCUGGCCUACAGCUCCUUCUAAGCAUGCUCGCUGUUGUCCUCGCGGGAGCUGCAUGGCUUGCGCUGGCUUGCUUUGCGGAUGCACACUGGUCCAACACGUUCUUAUCAAGCUUUAUACAUACCACGACAGAGAGGGACGGGAAGAAGUCAAAACCUGGGUAUGUGCACAACCCUCCAAGCGUUGAACUGUUAGCAGAUGGGGAUGGGAACUUUAUUGCGGUCUCCGGGAAGGCAGUCAUUCUUCAAGACCCACUUUUGGUCCCCAUGGAUUCCCCCAAGUGA